AAUACAACAGCUCUGCUAUGAAGAAGAUUUUCAGGGACUGCUAAGGGUGUAGUAAAUCACACUGACAUAAAUGGGUACACCUCCUCCAUCCAUCAUGUCUUCAGUACAAAAUGUGAACAUUAUUCAGCUAUCCUGUGUCAACAAAAUAUAAAGAUGUAGACGUUCCCUGAAGAUAGUAGUUACUGUGUGUGGAGCUGUUGUAUUGUACGGCAGGUGUGGUAUCUAAGGUACUAUUGUGUUAUGAUUGGUUGAUAAACAUCUACAUUAUAAUAAUAACUUUAUUUUUACAGCACUUUUAAAAACAGAAGUUUACAAAGUGCUUUGACAAACAGUCGUAAAGCAUAGAACAUCAGCACAUGGAAAUAAAAACAAAUAAAAAACAAAAGCUCAGUUAAAAACGAGGCCUCCAAAUUGAUGUUUCUCUAGUUUUUUUAACGAAAGACCAUAUUAAUAAUGAUAAGAAAAUCAUCAUCAUCAAUUCAUGGAGUCUGUGAAGGUUAGAAGCACAUGGGUAAAGGGGUUAGACAUUUAUUUAAAAAAAAAAAAACAUUUUUUACUCUUGAAAGUGAAUUUAGUCUGUCAUAAGUUUGAUUAGAAUUGUGUUCAGACCAAAAAAAAUCAUUUUAAAUUUGUUUUAUCAUCAAUUGUGGUAUCUAUGAGCUACAACAUGAGGUCAAAAACCUAACAUAAAAGUCCACCAUUUUAGCUAAGAGGACUAAUAAAGUCAUAAUAGUAGUUCUGAACGUAAAGAAGUCGGCGUGCUAUAUUAUCAAGACAGUUAUGUUUACACUCAUUCUGUUGGUUUGCAGGGAUGAACAACAUCUUACAAUAUGUACAGAUACACUAGUUAGAGACAAAAUUAUGAUUGUAAUAAUGUAGUGAUCCGAAAUAUGAAAAAUGGCUCAUCUUACCCCACUCUCCCCUAUUCACAAGAAAAGAUAUCGUAAUUCCUUGACAAUGAUAUCGUUCAUCAGAAAAACAGAGCUGAUAUAUAUUUUUUUUCUUAAGGUCAUGAAAUACACCUCUUGUCGUCUCUGAAAGCCCCUUAAACUUUCCUUUUUGACAAAACACAGACAAACACACCGAGUGGGACGUACAGUGGGGUCAAUGCUUUAUAACCAGUCUCAGGAAGAGCCUCGCAGUGAGUCAUCUUCUCGAACAUAGACGAUCUCGGUGGAGUACCUGCUCCGGUGCAGUAGGGGGCAGCAGAGCAGCGCCACAUUUCCUGUUGAGCCAAACAGUCACAACAAGAAGAGGAGGAAGAGGAAAAACGACAGCUCUGGAUCGUCGUCGACUGCCUUGCGUGACAACACAGGGAUCGCGUUCGGGCUUCGGGUAUUAAACAUUUUCAGUCUUUUUCUCGUUGUCUGUCCGAGCGGCGCAGGAAAACGUCGCGGCGUUUCGCGCGUGUUGGCGCGCAGGAGCUCCGCCGCGUUCUCCGCCGCUGGUGAACUGCUUUAAAGACACCAGAAACAUGCCAAUGGAGGCUUGCUGACCAAAAUGGCUGGGCGCAGUGAAAUGUGAAAUAUUCUUGCUAAGGUUAUCCUUUCUGCACGCGACGCGGCUGUCACGCGAGUAAAGCGGCUCAAACGCAUUAGCGAAGUUGAGAAAAGUGCAUCUGUUUGUUUCCGCGCGUGUUUUUGCCUUUUUAUUCGCGUUCCAGCUGCUUUAGUGCUCUCGGGCCUAUCGUCUUUUUCACUGAGGGGUUUCUGCAUGAUUGAUUCACAUACUUUGCUGUUCUUGCUGCAUGUUUUUGCACAUCUACGCGAUACUAAAUGCACUUUAUCCCUUUAAUAAUGUUUGUCUCAUGCAAAAGCUGAAUUUAAAGCAUGCAAAUCGAGCUCCACCCCUCUGCUGUGCAGGCUGUGUGAGCUCUCUUUGACCUUUUUUUCCUGCUUUUCCCUCUCCAGGUUGUUCCAAAUUGACCAGCAUCAUGUCUGAUUUACUGAGAUAUAUCGACUACGACCACAAAGCCACCUUCCUGAAGAUGCUGAACCAGCAGAGGAUGGAGGGCGAGCACUGUGAUGUGGUGGUGGUGGUGGAAAACAUCGAGUUCAGGGCUCACCGCUGUGUCUUGGCCGCCUGCAGUAACUACUUCAAAAAGCUCUUCAAGAAACAGAGCGACGAGGACAACUCCAUCGUGGAGCUGGACUUCAUCCGCUCGGACAUCUUCGAGGAGGUGCUGAACUACAUGUACACGGCGCGGCUCGCCGUUAGGAAGAAGGACAUUAACAUGAUGAUGUCUUCAGGUCAGAUUCUUGGCAUCAACUUCCUGGAUAAUCUGUGCACCCAGAAACGUGAGCUCACCAACAUGAAGACGAGGGAAAACCAGGCUCCAGGUGACCACGGGAUGAGAGCUCAGGACGCCAUCCUAAAGGAGUUGGCGAUGGAGGAGGUGAGGAAGAACAGCUUCUACGAUCAGGGUAUGGAGAGCAUGGGGCCCGGGGGCUCUCACGUGACGCAGCCGCACAACUACAACACCAACAUGAGUAAAGACCCCCACAGCCACGGCUGGGGCUCCUCCUCUUCCAGCGACAUGAAGCUGGAGUACCUGCUGUACGGCCACCGCGACCACGGCUCCUGCCAGAGCACAGGUGCCAAGCCCAUGGACCACAAUGCCAAAAAGGAGCGCCUGCUCACCGCGAACCGUCCCUACGGCUGCGAGCACUGCCCUAAAGCCUUCACGACCGCCGCCCACCUCAAGGAGCACCUGAAGAUCCACUCUGGCUUUAAGCCUCACCGCUGCGUCGUGUGCGGUAAGGCCUUCAUCAGGGGCCCCGACCUCAAGCGGCACGAGAGGGUCCACAGCAACGAGCGGCCCUUUGCGUGUCAAAUGUGUGAAAAAGCCUUCAAGCACAAGUCCCACCUGAAAGACCACGAGCGGCAGCACCGAGGGGAGAGGCCGUUCAACUGCGGCUCCUGCGACAAAGCGUUCAUCAAAGCGUCCGAUCUGAAGCGCCACUGGAACACGAUGCACAGCGGAAACCCUCGCAGACAGAUGUCACUGUCCCCCGCCGCCUCCCAGCACGGCACGGCAGAAGCCACUGACCAGAGAGACUGGAAAAUGGAGACCGGGCCACACUCGCAUAAUUCAGGAGACUGUUGAGCCUUCAGACACACCAAAUCCCGCUCAUACAGACACACACAGCACACUUUAACACAUGUACACACACUGACACAACCACAACCCUGUGACAGGCUGAAGGCCUGCCUUCACACGGACAAUGAUCGGAGUGAGUAACAUGAGAUCAUAGCAUGUUCAUAUGACUGUGGGGGCUGUAUUAUUAUUAUUAUUAUUAUUAUUAUUCUAAAGAGUUAUGUCAAAACGAUGUUUUCUUUCACCUGUAAAUUCAUGUAAAUGUUUAGUUCACUCUAUGAUACAUAUAUUUUUCACAAAAGCAUCGUUGCUAUCUAGACUGGGGGUUCUCAUAACAUUAUUCUCUUUUUCUUUUAUGGGAUAUGUAACAUUUAAAUGUUUGUUUAACCUCGACUGGAUUUUUAUGGAGAGAAAAGAGAGAAACAGAGUUAGGGAGGGGAGAUUUUUCUGCAUAACAUUUGUUGCAUUGAGUAUAUUCAUGUGGAUGUUUUUAAUGGAUGUGUUUAGUUGUAUUGAUUGAUAUUACACUGUAAGAGUAAGAGUCACCGUUUUGCAUUUGAUGCAGAUGAUACCAAAGUCUUGGGCCUCUGACGGAUCGUCUUUGAAGGCUGUCCUACCCAAGCAACCGGCCAACUAGAUUUACUGUUAUACAGUAUAACUGUCAUCCAGCUAUCAACAGUCAAUGAUAGAUGUCUGUAUAUACUGUAGCUUAGUUUGUUGCACAAUUAGAGUACACAAUAAUGAAUUAUGCACAUAUAACAUUGUCCUACUCCUACACUUUGACAAUAAACACCAUUUGCUGUGUUUUAGUAGGUUUGUUGUUUGUUGAUUCGUGCUCAGAGCAGGAUUUAUAUCCUGCAGAUGUACUUUUUUUCUGUAAAGGUAUGUGAGCCACGCCCAAAUCAACCUGAACGCACCUGAAAACUUGGGUGCAAAACUCUUACCAUGAAUUUGGAACAAUGGUAUUUUCUCUUAAAGUGGCACCAAACAAUGUUAAACUUUCUGCAGCUGUUGAAUUGUUUAAGUAAGUGAAAGUCGAGUGUUUUGAUUUGUUCUGCCUGUCAUCAAAACUGUGUCAUUUCAAGCCAAAAUGAAUCUGCAGCUCAUUUCACGUCUAGAAAGGCGGCAAUUCAAUCCCAGCUUCUGCAGCGUCCAUUUGCG